GUAUAUUAAUUCAUCAAGCUCGGGUGAGAUUGAACAGUUCGUGAAACAUACCCUCAAGUCAUUCAACGGAAAAUGUCUGGUUACGAGUUGCACUACUUCAAUGUCCGUGCAAGAGGAGAGGUUGGUCGUCUCGCUUUGUCAGCUGCGAAUUUCGAAUUCAAGGAUCUACGCCAUACUCGCGAACAAUGGCUCGAAAUCAAAGCUUCUGGAAAGCCUCCGCUCGGCCAAAUGCCAUUUAUUGUGACUCCUGAAGGAAAAACACUAGCGCAGUCUGAUGCAAUUUUGAAGUACAUUUGCAAAAAGGGAGGCUUGAGUCCAACCGAUCCCUGGGAUGAAGCAGUAGCGGACCAGAUCUGCGGUGGUGUCGACGAUCUUCGUCUUGCAGUAGUUAAGGCCCACUUUGAAAAAGAUGAGGCUAAAAAGGAAGAACUAAGGAAAGAAUUCCUGGAAACCACGCUGCCCGCCCGACUUGCAAAUUACGAUGCUCUUCUGAAAGGAACAUAUUUCAUGGGUGAUAAAUUGACCUAUGCCGACAUUACCUUCUUCGACUUCUUUAACGGCUUCAUGAACAAUGGAGCACCUACCGUCCCGGAUUGUCUCAGCAAAUUUCCAAGGCUGGUGGCGCAUUAUGAGAAAGUGCUGGAAAAUGCAGGAAUAAAGGCUUGGGUGGAGAGGCGCCCUAAGACUGACUUCUAAGCAAUUUAUCUGUGAUUGUGAAAGCAGAAUGCUUGAUUCUCAAAUGUUAAUCAAUGAAAUAAAUUGCUGAAAAAGUUA